AAGCAUAAGCAUGCAUGAUUCAAUACGAUUUCGUUUGAUUACGAGUCAAGUCUGAGCCACGUUGUUCUUGGCAAGCUUUGUUGCAUUCACUAGGCGAUAGCAGCUUGACAUAGGAGAAAUCAACGGAAAAGACUACAAUAUCCUGCCUGAAGGGUUGUGAUACAAACCAUGCAACAGAAAUGUUCAAUCCCUGUGACAUGCUCCAGAUACAAGCCAUGCUACAGAAAUGUUCAAUCCCUGUGACAUGCUCCAGAUAGAAGCCAUGCUAAUCUAUAUAAAACGCAAUUUCUUACAUUAUAAGUAGGCGAUGUAGCAACAAAAUGAUGCCGGAAGCAGAAGCUGCAUCUGCUAUAACCAGUCCUGAACCUAGGGGAUGCAGUUGACACCCCAAAUAUAGGUAGAAUGUAAUUUCUUACGUUAUAGUAGGGGAUGCAGCAACGAAAUGACUCCCGAGUUUUCAUAAAUUUUAACCAAUCACACAAGUGAAAGUUUGUCAUUCAUAAUUUUUAUAUCUUUUAGUCGAAAACUGUAUGAAAGAAUAAGAAAAUUGGUGUCAUUCCAGGAUAUGUUAUUUUAAUUUUCAUCGGGUAGUAACAUGCUGAAAUCCCAAAAAUAUGGGCCUAUGUAUAAUUUAUAUGCGAAUGUCAAUGGUACAGAAUAGAAGUAUUUAAUCAUUUGGUCAGCUACAGCUGAAUAAUUGAAUUUUCAUGAUUGAAUGUUUGCACACCUUAUCCACAUAAGUUUAUUGAAUAUUUUUUAAAUAGCGAAUUAGACAAACAAACAUUUUAUGUUAAAUCAUCAAGUGAAUAGACCAAAAAUAAGUAUGGACGAAGAUGUUGAAGAUUAAUUUGAAGAUCCAUCGAUGAAUCUUAUGAAUUUUUUUUGAAACUGACUUAAAUUCACUUAUGCGGCCAGUUUAAAAUGACUUCUAAAAACAAUCAUUAUAUGCAUGAAACUGUCUUUAUUUGUGUACAAUGAUCAUUAUAUUAUUACCAGUAGUGGAGUCAGAAAAUAUUUUAAUGGAGUCACAAUUAAAAUGAAAUAUUAUUUAUAUAUAUUUUCAAAAAUAUUAUACUAGUAAAACCCAUUUUAUAUAUAUUGUUUGGAAAUUUUAAACUAGAAUAUAAAUACAUUAUCUAUUAUUUCUUGGUGUGUCAGUUUAUCAAGGGGAGUCCCAUGAUUCCCAUCAGACAAAGGAAACAUGAACAUCUAUUUCAUGACGAAGGACAUGACUGGUGGAACCGCAUCAGUUGCGGUUACGGGAGUUUACAGAUGCGGGUGGUUGCGGUUUUAAGUGGUUUUAAAAGAUUUGUACGACUGUUAUUGCGGUUAGAAAUUGGUGCGUUUGCAGAAUAUUUAUGACUCGUUAACCACCAAAUAGAACAUCGGUUAAAUAAUAAAUUAACAAUAUUUACAUUUUAUAUAAUUAUAAAAAUAUUAAACAUCAUAAUAUUAUAAUAAAAUAUAAACAUUAUAUUUAUAAAAUUAUAUUUUAAAUUUUAAUAUUAUAGAAAAUAUUUUUAUUUUAUAGAUUUAUAACAUAAAUUAAAAUAUAAUAGAUAUAUUUUAGUAUUUAUAUUAUUUCAAUUUAAAAUUUUUAUUUUUAUUUUUGUAUUUAUAUUGUGUUUAGAAAAAGAAGAAAUUUUUUUACCUUCCCGCAACCGCUUGCAACCGCUAAGUUAGCGGUACUAACGCUAGCUGGAACUAGAUUUUGAAUUUAAAAGGUUUAGAACGGUUUGAAUCGGUUUACAACAAUUUGAAUCGGUUUAGAACAGUUUGAACCGGUUUAGAGCGGUUUGAGUGAUUGUUGCAAAACGUCAAUAACCGUUAAAACCGCGAAAGCUGUAUUUGCGGGUGGUAUCGGACAAACGAGUCAUGUCCUUGCUCACAUCUCUGAGGAAAAAAGCAUUUAUAGAAUCAUUAGCCAGCACGACUUAUUUCAAUGAUCCUUAAUGUUAUUUUUUUGCUAAAAUUUGAUAAUGAUCCUAAAUGUUUCCUGUACAGUUCAUUGUAGUAAAAUGAAAUUGCCGUAAACAGCCGCAAGAUAUAUUUCAAUUAAGGAAUCACAUGAACUGUCUGACAAUGGCAACAUAAGAAGCUUCCUCUUCUUCAUUUUUAUAUGUUCCUCUUAUUCACAUUAUCAAUCUUAAUGUCAUAAUAACUACCAUCUCUCCUCUCUCUAUAUAAAUCAAACCACGUCGUGUAUCUCUCUUACAACCCCAAGGGAAACAUUAGCUCGCCAGAAAAUAAAAGAUAAAAAGAUGUCGGCGAACAACUUGCCGUUCCUCAGCGUUUUCCUUCUUCUCAGUUUACUCCGGUUCGAUUCAAUUCCCGUUUUAGAAGCAGCAGCCGGGAAAUUAGGUUCGAUUCCAGGAGUGUAUGUGUUCGGAGAUUCGUUGGUUGAUGCCGGAAAUAACAACUACUUACCAUUUUCCUUAGCCAAAGGGAAUUAUCCUCAUAACGGCAUCGAUUUUCCUAAGAAGAAAGCCACCGGAAGAUUCUGUAACGGCAAGAACUUCGCAGAUGUUAUCGCGGAGAAAAUUGGUUUACCGUUACCGCCGCCCUACCUCUCGCUAAGAGGCUUACUAAAAUGGAGAAAGAGAGAGUCCGCCGCUGUAACAGGUGUUAACUUUGCCUCCGGCGGUGCCGGAAUCUUUGAUGGCUCCAGCCAAUUUCCGGGACAAGCUAUUCCUUUAUCACAGCAAUUGAAACAUUGGCUCUCUAUUCAUAAAGCACUCACGAGAAAGCUUGGACGAUCCAAAGCACAAAUUCACCUAUCCAAAUCUCUAUUCGUUAUGGUCAUAGGCAGCAAUGAUCUUUUGAAUUAUAUUCGAUCUUCCCAACUUCGGAGAAAGAGUAGUCCUCAACAGUAUACGCAAUCAGUGGUCGAUAGAUUUAAAGCGCAAUUGAAGAUAGUUCAGGAGACUGGAGCACAUAGACUUUUAAUACUCGGAGUAGCACAACUCGGUUGCAUGCCGAGCAGAAGAGAGAAGAACUCGACGACUCAUGAAUGCAAUAAAGAGGCAAACAUGUUGGCCUCUUUGUAUAACAAAGCUCUAAUAAAGAUGUUGCAACAACUCAAAGAAGAGUUGAAAAGCUCAAUGGCUUACUCUUACUUUGAUAUGUUUAACUCUGUACAUGACAUUGUCUCCAACCCUGCCCAUUACGGUUUUUCUGACGUGACAUCAGCGUGUUGUGGAAGUGGGGUAUUAAACGCGGAGCUUCCUUGUUUCCCAGUGUCAAACUUAUGUUCAGACAGAACCAAAUAUCUCUUCUGGGAUCGCUAUGGUCAUCCCACAGAAGCUGCUGCGCGAACCAUCGUCAAUUUUGUGUUAUCUGAGGAUACACAAUACUCAUCUCCAUUAACUCUCACUCAAUUGGUCUCUUCAUGAUCAAUCCGCGCGGCUUCGUUUGUUUCUCAAUGCUCCAAACCAAUAUGUAGUCCACCUUAACAAAUGUAGCGUUACAUCACGGUUUAUUUCAGCCUUUACAAGUGGUUAUAACUUAUAACCAGAGGCGAAUGCAAUGCAGAACUCUUUUUUAAUGGAUGCAAAAAUAGAGUAUAAUUAUUCAAAAAAAAAGAGA